UCCGCGCAGGCGCGCUGAGCCCGGUUAUUGUCAGUAGUAUCGCAGCUGAUCGGGUCUUCCUCGUUCGUCUCUGUUCUGCGGGAGGGAGUCUUCCUUUCGGGGCGGCCUUCUGUGGUGGUGCCGCCAUCGCCAUCUUGGGCCAGCGCAGGCACGAUGCCGAUCAACAAAUCAGAGAAGUCGGACAAGACAGAAAAUUCUGAUAAUGUCAAGGUGGUUGUUCGCUGCCGACCUUUUAAUGAGCGAGAGAAGACCAUGUGUUACAAAAUGUCAGUUAAUGUCGAUGAAAUGCGAGGAACAAUUACUGUCCACAAAACAGAUUCUUCCAAUGAACCUCCAAAGACUUUUACGUUUGAUACUGUUUUUGGACCAGAGAGCAAGCAGCUCGAUGUUUACAAUUUAACCGCAAGACCAAUUAUCGAUUCUGUUCUGGAAGGAUACAAUGGCACCAUUUUUGCUUAUGGACAAACUGGAACAGGAAAGACAUUUACUAUGGAAGGGGUCCGGGCUGUUCCAGAACUCAGAGGGAUUAUCCCCAAUUCUUUUGCUCAUAUAUUUGGACACAUUGCAAAGGCCGAAGGGGAUACAAGGUUUUUGGUUCGAGUCUCUUAUUUGGAAAUCUACAAUGAGGAAGUGCGUGACCUACUGGGGAAGGAUCAGACACAGAGGCUAGAGGUUAAAGAGCGACCUGAUGUAGGAGUGUAUAUCAAAGAUCUUUCAGCUUAUGUUGUGAACAAUGCAGAUGAUAUGGACAGAAUUAUGACGCUUGGCCACAAAAAUCGUUCUGUUGGGGCAACUAAUAUGAAUGAACACAGUUCCCGUUCCCAUGCUAUCUUUACAAUAACAAUUGAAUGCAGUGAGAAAGGUGUGGAUGGCAAUAUCCACGUACGCAUGGGAAAGCUGCACCUAGUAGAUCUUGCGGGAUCAGAAAGACAAGCAAAAACUGGAGCCACUGGGCAACGACUGAAAGAAGCUACAAAAAUCAACCUUUCUCUCUCUACUCUUGGGAAUGUCAUUUCUGCACUGGUUGAUGGAAAGAGCACUCAUGUGCCUUACCGUAACUCCAAGCUGACUCGACUGCUCCAGGAUUCCCUUGGAGGCAACUCCAAGACUAUGAUGUGUGCAAACAUUGGUCCAGCAGAUUAUAAUUAUGAUGAGACUAUCAGCACUCUGCGAUAUGCUAACCGUGCCAAGAACAUCAAGAAUAAAGCUAGGAUUAAUGAAGAUCCAAAGGAUGCCUUACUUCGCCAGUUUCAGAAAGAAAUAGAAGAGCUUAAGAAAAAGUUGGAGGAAGGGGAAGAGAUCUCUGGCUCGGAGAGCAGUGGUUCUGAAGAGGAAGAUGAUGAGGAUGAUGGGGAAAUUGGCGAAGAUGGAGAAAAACGGAAGAAGCGAAGGGGCAGUAGUACCAGCAGUAGCUCAGACUCUACAUGCUCUGUCAUAGAAAAACCUCUGGACAAAUCCUUCACUAGAAAGAAGAAGGUAUCUCCUGACAAGAUGCUGGAAAUGCAAGCCAAGAUUGAUGAAGAAAGGAAAGCCCUUGAAACUAAGCUUGAUAUGGAAGAGGAAGAAAGAAACAAAGCCCGGGCAGAGCUUGAAAAGAGGGAGAAGGACCUACUUAAAGCACAGCAAGAACACCAGACUCUGCUGGAGAAGCUGUCAGCUUUGGAAAAAAAAGUGAUUGUUGGAGGCGUAGAUUUGUUGGCUAAAGCAGAGGAGCAGGAAAAGCUUCUAGAAGAAUCCAAUAAUGAGCUCGAAGAACGAAGGAAAAGAGCAGAGCAGCUCCGUAAGGAGCUUGAGGAGAAAGAGCAAGAGCGUUUGGAUAUUGAGGAAAAGUACACCAGCCUUCAGGAGGAAGCACAAGGGAAGACCAAGAAGCUAAAGAAAGUCUGGACAAUGCUGAUGGCAGCAAAGUCAGAGAUGGCGGACCUGCAGCAGGAACAUCAGAGAGAAAUUGAAGGCUUGCUGGAGAACAUCCGACAGCUCAGCAGGGAGCUGCGUCUUCAGAUGCUCAUUAUUGACAACUUCAUACCUCAGGACUAUCAGGAAAUGAUUGAAAAUUAUGUCCACUGGAAUGAAGAUAUUGGAGAAUGGCAGCUGAAAUGUGUUGCAUACACUGGGAAUAACAUGAGAAAGCAGACUCCAGUGCCUGAUAAGAAAGAAAAAGAUCCCUUUGAGGUGGAUCUUUCCCAUGUAUAUCUGGCUUACACUGAAGAAAGCCUGAGGCAGUCAUUGAUGAAAUUAGAAAGACCAAGGACUUCAAAAGGACGAUCGAGGCCCAAAACUGGCAGAAGGAAACGUUCUGCAAAAUCAGGAGCUGUGAUCGAUUCAUUACUUCAGUAGACUUAAAACGGCCUGAUUGCAAAAAAGAUGUGUGUGGCUUAAUCUGUGGCAAAAUUAUGCAAAUUCUUGAUUCUGGAAUUCGCAGAAGAGUUUGAUGUCUUGUUGGCACUGAAGUUGCUAUAAAGGCCUCUAGUGGUGGCUUGAGACAGCAAGGAAAUACAUUUCUUUUGUUUGAUUAUGCCAUUGUUCACACUAACAUAACAUGUUUAAUCUGAGCUGUGUGGUGACAGUAAACUUUGUCAGUGUUACUGAUGUUGCUCCAGACAUUAUGCAGGAAAAGCUAUCGGGGGAACCCUGUGUUUAAAAUGGCAUGUAUAGAUUGGAGGCGGGUGUGCGUACAUGCAUGUCUACUUUUAAAGCACAUUAGCUCUGUUGUAAGUAGGUGGCCAGAAUUCCCUACCUGAUAUAUAUAGUUUUGCUUUAUAUAUUGCGAUUUGUCACUUGUACUGUUCUAUGCUUGCAAUAUUGCAGACAUCUGCUUUUUUUUCUUUUCAGGAGUGGUAGCUGCAGAGUCAUGAAAUAUUCUGAAUCCCUUUUUGUCCUCACAUCUAUGUACAAAUAACUUCCAGCUCCUUUAGCGUGUACAUAAUACUCAUAGAUGUAACUCGUUGUUAAACAGAAACUGACUGUUGCAAACCAAGGUAGUGGUGGGCUUCUCUUUAGGGACCCCUGAGAGUUAAAUUGUAGCAUGGGUUCUCUUUGAAAUGGGCCACUCUUGGUUUUGGGAACAAUUCACUGAGCACUGACUGUUAAACAAAUUACCUUUCAUUUUGACCAAGGUAGGCAAAGUUCCUGUUGGAGGAAGAUGGGAAUUGUGCUAAGUGGCUAAUGAUCAUUGUUUUUUGCUCAAGAAGAAAUACAUAUCGAUAUUAGCAGCCACUUGCAGGCAAUAUCCCAGGGUAAGGAGCCUUAUUGUGUUUUUAGUUUUUCAGAUAAAAGUCCUCCUGGAAGGGAGGAAGGGAUUUUUGACUCUAACCUUUACUUGCAAGAAUAUUGACAAGGAUCAACGUUGGAUUUGCUAUAGAGCAGACUGGGGGUCAUACAACACCCCAGUUGACGCUGGAAGGCAAUGCCCAGAAGCCCUAGCCCUUUAUAGGACCAGCUCACCUAGAGACUGAAAAAGAUGAACAAACAACUUCAUUUUUGAUAAUGAGCUCUGAGGACUUUGAGUGCAAGGAUCCAUGUUGGGUUUGCUGUAGAGCAGAGUGAAGGUCAUGCAGCAGUAAUUGAGCCCCAGUAAUGUCCUAAGAUGCAGAAGCCCCAGUAAUGGCUUCUGCAUCUUGGGGUUCUUAUUCAAGAAUCUACCCAUAGCAAUGCGCAGCACUUCUUAACCCCUGCUCCACAGUGUCACUGAGCAUGAAAAGUGUCCUUUCUCCUUCUGUGAUAGUGUUAACUUAAUUCCGUGUGACAUUUUGUGGUAAUAGCUGAUGUUCAAAACCUUGUUUACAGUUAAAUAUUGUUAUAGUUGAGGGUUGCAAAUUGAAACAUGUUGUUUUUCUGGAAGAAGCAAGCACAACUACUCUUAAAGAGCAAUGCCAUUAAAAAAAAAAAAGAAAUCUCUUGGUUCCUCUUUUGCAUUCUUUGCUCAGAAUUGGCUUUUCCUAACCUUGUGCCCGACUGAUUGAAUUAACACAUUGUCCUCCAGGCAACAUAUCCUGCUAAUUGGCAAAUAUGAUGCAUGUAGCCCAACACACUUGUUGGACUGUAGGUUACGGAAGGCUUUCCUAAAUUAGCUGAACCAAAUAGGUUUGGGGAUAGAAUGAGUGAACCUGGAAUACAUUAGAAAAUGGCAUUGGGCUUGGUUUUCCGACCAUGAAGCCCUAGAAUGUGAAGAUUUGCUCCAUUGCUGCUGAGGUAGUUUUUUAGUCAUUCCAGAUGCAAGAAAUACGGGUUUUUUCUUUUCUUUUUCAUCAUUCCACAUAUUUACUUGGCACAUACUUAUUCUUCAAAUCCAGUAUCUAAUUUUUGAAGAUCUAUGAUUACCACAGCUAAUAUAUUAACUUCUCUUACAUACAUACUGUUUGUGACUGAUGGCCAUAUCUGUUACUUUAUAUAUUUUAGAAGCCUGAUUUUUAGGAUUGAAUGUACCUUCGACUUGUAUGUACAGAAGGUACAAUGGCUGAUGUAGAAAAAUCCUGGCAAAAAUUGUGAUUAUACUUUGAGAACUGGAUGUGCAGUUGAUUGUGGAUGACUCCUAGUAAUUGCACCAAAUUACUGUGUGGAACAAUUCUCAUUCCUUUUUACUGCUGUUCAAUUUCAGCUAAAUGUCAGCUGAAGAAAAAGUGGUUAUAGAUAUGGAUUAUAUAUUUUGGUAGUGGAUGAAGUUAAAAAAAGAUUUAGAAUUCAUAGUUGAAUUAUAGCCCCCUUCCCCCAUCAACUGUACUACGGUCAGAAGAGACAUAUGUGUUUGCUUAUAUUGUGAUGGUUGUUCAUAAAAUACUUAUUCAGAUGAUUUUUUAAUAGGUUUGUUUCGUUUUUAAAAUAUUCAGUAUAUAUUUACUGAAUAACUAGGUGGCAAAGGCAAUAACAUGUUGGGCUUUGUAGAUGAUUGCAUUCAAACUCCCUCAAGUUUAGUAACUCCUCCAAAGAGCACCUUGCUGUUAUAAUAUGCUCUAUAAUAAAGAAGUUAUAGUAUGAUUUAUAAGGAACCUGAAGAAGAAUCUGUAUAAUGAAGCAUUUCUAAUCCAACAGAAAAGAAAUGACCGAAACUCAAGACAGCUCCCAUUCUUAUAUUGAUACAUCCACAAACACACCAAUGAAAUCACACCAGUGAAUCCUUGCCUUCCUCCUCUCAGCAAAGUUGUCACAGUUGCUGUCAGAGGAGAGGAAGUCUCCAAGCGUUUGCACACUGAUGGAUCCACAAUUGUGAGUUUCACAGUGUAGUAAUUCUCAGCUUUGGUCGUCUUGAUGUUUUGGACUUUGACUCCCAGAAGCCUCAGUCAGCAUGACCAAUGACCAAAGAGUCUGCGAGCUUCAGUCCAAAACAUUUAGGGGUUUGAAAUCAUUGCCAUGUUGCAUAUUGGGCGUUCAGGAUGUCUGCUAAAUUAUACCUUGAUUUUGGUAAAUAAUUGUACACAACAAGAGAAACAGUGUCCAACAAUUAACCAGUGGGAAUGCCAAUGUAAGACCUGUCCCCUUGAUUUCUGUUGAGUAAUUAUCUACACAUUUUUGUUUUUCUACCAAAAUUUUGACUCUAGAGAUUAUAAAUCCAGAAUUGUCAAGUGGUAUCAAAUGCCCCUAGAGGAGGUUUCAGGAAGAUCCAUGAAGACCUGGCUGUUAUAACUGUCAAUUAUUUCUCUUACGUAUAGUCAAUAUGUUAUAUACUUUGAAAUUGUUUUAUGUUCUCAAGCCAUUUACUUGAUCUUAAAUCUACGACGGUGUGCAGUAACACACUAGUUUUAACACAGAGAUAGCAAGAGACACACAGCCUUUGAAACCAUGGGGUUGUAACACUUUCAACAGUCCUCACUUUGCUGGCAUAUUAUUCAUAGCAAUGCUAUACUCAUUGAGUACCAUAUGGUGUUGGUGACUACAACUAAGCUUCUAUAGUUUGACCACAGCUUAACACAAUGCAAAACCUGUCUCUGCAUUGCCUGCUUCAGUCUUUACCUUUGGCUUCAUACACAGCCUGCUCGCAAUGUUUGUAAGUCUAAUGACCAUUCAUGGCUCUACCAUCACUACUGAAAAGGGUAAUUUAGUUCACUAUUGGGCCAAGAAAACACUAUAGAGCCCGUAGUUUGCAAAUCUUCAGUUGACUUAUGUGUGAUCCUUGCCUUUGUUUAUUCCUGCUCUCAUAUUCAUCCAGGGGAAACGUCCUUAAGCCUCUAUUUUUUCCUUUUGUUUCUGUUGCAGCAUAUGUAGCUCUUUGCGUAUGUACUGUGUAAUGAGGAUUUGUUUGUUUCUUUAAAAAAACAUCUGGUUUCUGGCUUGCAAAAAGAGAGGGGAGGGAAGCUGUGCUCAGUGCCUUUGCAUUUAGUUACCUUGCAUUCUUUACACUUUUAAAUUAUAGCAACUGACUAUGGGUCCAUGCCAUCUAUGUUGUAUAUAAUAAUGAGAUUUUCCCAAAAAUGUACAAUUUGUCCUUAUUUAUGGUUUUGCUAACUUCUUAAACUUAAUGUUUCUGUUUGUGUUUUUUGUUGUGUACAAAGAGUAUUCCUUAUGUUGUAUAUAGUGGUACAAUGUCUCGAUACUGAGCAUGUUGAUGCCAAGAAAUAAACACCUUGGAUUUCCA